AGUGUCAGUACCGGGCGUCUUGGCCAGGAAUGCCAUCCAAGGAGAGUGAUCCUGUGGAGCUGGUGCUGACAGGUGUGGGCCCUGGGGACAGCAGGUGGCUCUGGUUGAUCCCAACAGGACCGUGUCCCACAGCUGUACCCUCCGUUCAUGCGGAUCGACAUUUCCUGCCUCCCAGCAUUUCCCUGAGCCCUGAGGAAUGUGUGGAGAUAGGGACCAAUGUCACCAUCCAGUGCUGGAACAAGGACUAUGGGGCCACCUUCCUCCUGCACAAGGACGGCUGCUCACCCCCCAUCCAGCGCCAGCACCUCCAUGUGGUGGGCACAGCCACCUUCACCAUCUUUGGGGUGACCCCAGCUGACAGCGGCACCUACAGGUGCUCCUACCGCCCCUGGGCUUACCCCUUUGUGUCCUCACCCCUUGGCAAUAACGUGACUCUGGAGGUGACUCCCACACCUGCCACCCCCAG